AGCUCAAUGAAUAAAUACAAUCCCCUUUUGAGAAUAAAAAGAAAUAAUAAGCAUCAAAGGUUCUCAAAAAGUAGAGAAACCUCAGUCUCCCUUGACAAAGUGCAUAUUUUUAUUAAAUUAUACCCAAACAUGACGUCGAACGAGCUAUUUAAAAUUCCCAUCCCGGCAAUCAAGUCGCAUCCGGGAGGCAGCAUCGUCUGUACAUCUCCAAAGCCUCAAGUCUAUGUUCUCACAUGGACCUCCCCGCCAGACAACAGGUUUACACCCGCCUUCAAUACGGCGUUGAUGACGGCGCUCGAUACUAUUGAAUUUGGCCAUCCACCAGGUGUUGUCAUAACCACUUCGUCUAUUUCUAAGUUCUACUCCAAUGGCCUCGAUUUCAAGCUUGCUAUAUCGUUACCCGGAUUCUGGGAGAAUAGCCUGUACCCAUUAUUUCGACGGUUCUUAACUUAUCCCAUGCCCACUAUCGCAUUGAUCAACGGCCACGCCUUCGCCGGCGGGUUCAUGCUAGCUAUGCAUCACGACUACCGAAUCUUCACAGGCUCAAAGGGUUACUUGUGCAUCAACGAGCUCGAAUUCGGUGCGCCGUUACUACCACCCAUGAGCUCCAUUUUCAGGAUGAAAACUACUCCUACUGUAUAUCGCAACAUGGUUCUCGAAGCGCGACGCUUUGAUGCCAAGGCUGCGCUAGAAGCCGGCUUGGUGGAUGCCAUUGGCGAGAUGGACGCAGCUCUGAGCUUAAUCCAGGAACGAUCGUUAAUCAAGAAAGGAUCCACAGGCGUCUACGGGCUGUUGAAGGCUGAGAUGUAUCGCGAGAGUGUGGCACUGUUAACCGCCACGGGCAGGGAGGCGGCCAAAACUAUGGACAUACAAGAAGCUGAGAAGAAAAGGAAAGAAGAGGGCGCAAAACAAUUCAAGGAAGCACAGGGUAAUAAGGCAAAAUUAUAAAGUCUCGAUAAUUUACUUGUAUUUGUUUUUUUAAUUGCCAUACACCUGUUUAGUGCUUUGAGUUUGUACUUCAGCAUAAGUGCGGCGUUGCAUUUGAGGUUGUCGUUCACAUGUUAAGGAGAUUCCCGGGCAUGUGCAUGUAUCGGGUAUUUACCCUUUCAGCGAUAGGCGACUGACGUCAUUGGUCCGUGGGGAAUUCGAAGCCCUUCAACCCAUACGCGAGUCUUUAAACAGACUUCAUGUAUUUUACUUAUAGUCGAAAUG